AUUAUGAUUUACGACACAGACGGGUAUAAAACGUCGUUAAAUCCAGUACUUCACUCAAUCGACCGUAGACACAGCACGAUCAGACCUAUAGAUUUUACAAGGAACUGUCGCGAUCCGUCAUCAAUAGUUUAAGUGAACAAGUUCUAGUUUAAAUUUAUAGGCCUAACGUUAACAUGGCAAAGUCUUCAAUACUUGCAUGUUUUAUUUUCGUCAGCUAUUUUACUAUCAUUAGCUCCGCUAGUCUCAGAUUUAGAAGAAGCACAGAUGACACACAGUUACCGGAUGCCAUGUUACAGCUUCUUCAGAGGUAUGACAUCGAUGAUAAUAUUGAACCAGUCGGGGGUCUAACAGACGGCGAAAACCAAGACCCUAUAAUUACAGACAACCGUUUUCUCUACGAUUUGCCUUUAAACUUGUGGCCGUACGGUAAAUUAGAAGAUAGACUUCCGAUUUCAAGGACGAGAAAACAUACAACACCAGUAUUCAAUGAACACAUGUAA